CCCGGAACUGCUGAGCCCGCGCCGCCCGUGCCCGGCGGCGGCGACAAGAUGGCGGCGGUCUCGGUGCUGCAGGCGCCCGGCGGCGGCUUCAGCUUCGACAACUGCGCUCGGAACGCGCUGCUGGAGGCCGAGCUGGGGCAGAAGGGGCUGCGGCUGCCCGCGGCCCGCAAGACGGGCACCACCAUCGCGGGCCUCGUCUUCAAGGAUGGCAUCGUCCUUGGGGCGGAUACCAGAGCGACGGAGGGGAUGGUCGUUGCUGACAAGAACUGCUCGAAGAUACACUUCAUUUCCCCAAAUAUCUACUGUUGCGGUGCUGGAACAGCUGCAGAUACUGAUAUGACCACUCAGCUGAUUUCUUCCAAUCUGGAGCUCCAUUCGCUAUCUACUGGCCGACUUCCGAGAGUUGUCACAGCUAAUCGAAUGCUAAAGCAAAUGCUUUUCAGGUAUCAAGGCUACAUUGGUGCUGCCCUGGUUCUAGGGGGAGUAGAUGUCACUGGACCUCAUCUCUACAGCAUAUAUCCCCAUGGAUCAACUGACAAACUGCCUUAUGUUACCAUGGGUUCUGGAUCAUUAGCAGCUAUGGCAGUGUUUGAAGAUAAAUACAAACCGGACAUGGAGGAAGAGGAAGCCAAACAGCUUGUGAGGGAUGCCAUUGCAGCUGGCAUAUACAAUGAUCUGGGCUCUGGCAGUAACAUAGAUCUCUGUGUUAUAAGCAAGAACAAGUUGGAUUUCCUCCGUCCAUAUGAUGUGGCCAACAAAAAAGGGGAAAGGUUUGGUAGAUACAAGUGUGAAAAAGGAACUACUGCUGUUCUCACUGAAAACGUAGCACUCCUUGAAAUUGAGGUGGUGGAUGAAACUGUACAAACCAUGGACACAUCCUGAACCAUUCUGUGCAGUGCUUCUGUUACUAGAGACCAAUAUUAGUUAUAUUUCACUUUUAGAAGCUUUCCCCUGUGUAGAAAAACAUGCAAUUGAUGUAAAAUAAAGAGAGUUCUUACCAAAUGAA